UCUUUGUUCAUACGAAUUCCGUGUUAUGAUAUUAUAUAUCCUUUCUUGGUGCAGAAAACAUCAUGUUUAGUAAGCUGAUGCAAGACCAUACUUUGGGGUUUCGGUCUAGAGGGGCCUCCUUCUCGAUCUCCUAGAGGGACUUCAUCUUCCAGCGAUUCCAAAGGGAAACAAGUUGCUUCUCCUAUUCCCAGGGCUACCCCAAUGGGUUCUUCUAAGAGGGUGAAGUCAAGCAUGACUGGAGCCUCUCCCGCCAUCUCUGCCAGACCUCUUUCAAGACCCCCUACUCCACCCUCUCUCAAGGACGAGAUGGGGGUGACCCAAAUUGAUGCCCCAAGGAGGAAGCUGGAGGAGAAGUUAGAGCGUCUAGGGGCCGAAAUCUUAAGCUAAAGGAGGAUAAGAAAGAGGCGAUGGUCGUUCACAGCUGCUGGAAAAAGAGCUAGAAAGAGACUCAGGGACAUGAGGAGGCCCUCAAGCAGGCCAUGGAGAAGGUGGCCCUAGAGUUUCUUGAUACGGCAGACGGGCAACAUUAUUUGGAGGGGUAUUGGGUGAGUCGUCUUGAGCAGUUCAAGAAGUCUAAGUCCUAUAAGAGGGAAUUGGCUAAAAUUACUGCUCCCUACUUCGGACAUGGCUUUGUGGCAUGCAAGGAAAAAUUGAAGGCACACGGGUACCCUCCACCAGAGAAGGACCCAUCUUUCUUAGAUAUUUCCACCACCAUGAAAAACGCUCCAGACCCCUUUUUAGAUGCUCCUGCUCUUGAAGGUAGAGCUCCCUCUCGAAUCAGAAGAAGAUUUAGACAAUAUACUAGGAGAGGCCGAGGCCGAAGUGAGGAGUCUUCCCCCUAAAGCAGCAAUUAACUCCAAAGCGAGGGACUUCCCAGGAAUGGGAGAUUAGAAAGAGGGAGACGCCUCCACUUAGCAUAUUUAAACAAAAUAAAUGAGGACAACAAAGAUAAUGCCAAUAAUUAAGAGAUCUCCUUGCUAGAAGAGAUCAAAAUCGAUCUAUUGUAGAUGAAAGAGGGCUGCCAAAUUUGCUAGGAGGAGGGGUCGGAGAUUUUGUGUUAUCUAUAUUAUGUGUGUAUUACCAAGAUCAUACACACACACACACACACACACACAUAUAUAUAUAUAUGCCUCGUAUGGGAAGGAGGAAAUGUGUCUAGAUGCAGUUCACUUACCUACAAGACAACCACCCUUCUUAUAUGGUACGAUCCAAUCAUGCCAUGUAGAGCAGGGCUCGGAAUAUGGUUAAGUUUGCACUUUCUAAAAGUGCAACUUGGUGAACCCUCCUUCCAACAAUAGAAGUCAACCCUUUGGUUAAUGGGACUUAAUUUAGUCGACUAGGUCUAAAAUAAUUUUGAGAUCCAAAUGAAUUUUAAUUAAAUUAGAUUAAUAAAAUUCAAACAAAAUUAAG